GGAGCUCGGCGGAGAGGCGAGGGAUCUCAUAGGAGCGCUUCUCUACGCGCUGUAGCCGGGAGGCGGCCCCGCAUUCCCAGAGCCCCCUUACGCUAACAGCGCAGAGUCGGGCCCUAUGGGCGAAACCGAGGGUGGAGCUCCCUUUGCGUAGGCGGGGCGGAGGCUUGUCGUAGCCGGCCCCAGGUGAAUGGAGGAACCUGACAGUUGAGAGGCGGCGGCCGAGGAGGCGGCGAAAUGGCGGCGGUCAGCAAUGGCGGCACAAUGAGGCGACGCCUGUAGUUGGGGCAGCUCCAGGCUGGUCCCGCCUGGCAGAUAAUGAAAUAAGGAAAGGGUCCUUGGGAGAUAUUGCCCUUUUUUCAUGGGUAGACAAAACAGGAUACCUAGGUCAAAACAAAAAUACAGGCUUGGAAACUCUGGAAAAGCUCAAUAUUGGGAUUCAAGGUAGAAAAAAAAAUGCUCUGAAGUAAUCCUAAGGAGCUUGGCAAUGAUGUGAUUAACCUACAAGCUGAUAUAAUGGUGUCAAAAUGCAGUUCAGAGAGCUUAUACACAGAGGUCACAGAAAUUAAUACACUGUGCGGGAAUGAAAAUGCAAUGAAACAAACACUGGAUGAAUGAAUGAAAAGCCCUGCUUUGCAGUCCCUCAGCAUGGCAGGACUACAACUCAUGACCCCGGCUUCCUCACCAAUGGGUCCUUUUUUUGGACUACCAUGGCAACAAGAAGCAAUUCAUGAUAACAUUUACACACCAAGAAAAUAUCAGGUUGAACUGCUGGAAGCAGCUCUGGAUCAUAAUACAAUAGUCUGUUUAAACACUGGCUCAGGGAAGACUUUUAUUGCAGUACUACUCAUUAAAGAACUGUCCUAUCAGAUCAGGGGAGACUUCAACAAAAAUGGAAAAAGAACAGUAUUCUUGGUCAACUCGGCAAAUCAAGUCACACAGCAAGUAUCAACUGUUAAGACUCAUUCGGAUCUCAAAGUGGGGGAGUAUUCAAGUUUAGAAGUAACUGAAGCAUGGACAAAAGAGAGGUGGAACCAAGAAUUUGCUAAAUACCAGGUUCUGGUUAUGACUUGCCAUGUUGCAUUGAAUGUGUUAAAAAAUGAACACUUGUCGCUGUCAAAUAUUAAUCUUCUUAUUUUUGAUGAGUGCCAUCUUGCAAUCCAGGAUCACCCCUAUCGAGAAAUUAUGAAGCUCUGUGAGAGUUGUCCAUCAUGCCCUCGAAUAUUGGGAUUAACAGCUUCCAUUUUAAAUGGGAAAUGUGAUCCAGCAGAAUUGGAAGAGAAAAUUCAGAAGCUGGAGAAAAUUCUCAAGAGCAGUGCUGAAACAGCAACGGAUCUAGUGGUUUUGGACAGGUAUACUUCUCAGCCCUGUGAGAUUGUGGUAGAUUGUGGACCAUACACAGACAAAAGUGGGCUCUAUGAAAGAUUGCUGAUGGAGCUGGAUGAUGCACUUAGCUUUCUGAAUGAUUGCAACAUAUCUGUACACUGCAGAGAGAGAGAUUCUACCUUAAUUUCUAAACAGAUACUGUCAGACUGCCGAGCAGUGUUGCUUGUUCUGGGACCCUGGUGUGCAGAUAAAGUAGCUGGGAUGAUGGUGAGAGAGCUACAGAAGUACAUUAAACAUGAGCAAGAAGAGCUGCACAGGAAAUUCUUAUUGUUUACAGAUACUUUCCUAAGGAAAAUACAUGCACUCUGUGAAGAGCACUUCUCGCCUGCCUCACUUGAUCUGAAAUUUGUAACCCCAAAAGUAAUAAAGCUGCUUGAAAUCUUGCGUAAAUAUAAGCCCUAUGAACGGCAACAGUUUGAAAGUGUUGAAUGGUAUAAUAAUAGGAAUCAGGAUAAUUAUGUGUCUUGGAGUGAUUCUGAAGAUGAUGAUGAGGAUGAAGAAAUUGAGGAGAAAGAAAAGACAGAAUCUAAUUUUCCUUCUCCCUUUACUAAUAUUUUAUGUGGAAUUAUUUUUGUGGAAAGAAGAUACACAGCAGUUGUUCUAAACAGAUUGAUAAAAGAAGCUGGCAAACAAGACCUAGAACUGGCUUAUAUCAGCAGCAAUUUUAUAACUGGACAUGGCAUUGGAAAGAAUCAGCCCCGUAGCAAACAGAUGGAAGUAGAAUUCCGAAAGCAGGAAGAGGUACUUAGAAAAUUUCGAGCACACGAGACCAACUUGCUAAUUGCAACUAGUAUUGUAGAAGAGGGUGUUGACAUACCAAAAUGCAAUUUGGUGGUUCGUUUUGAUUUGCCCACAGAAUACCGUUCCUAUGUGCAGUCCAAAGGAAGAGCCAGGGCACCUAUCUCAAAUUACAUCAUGUUAGCAGAUUCAGACAAAAUCAAAAGUUUUGAAGAAGAUCUUAAAACUUACAAAGCAAUUGAAAAGAUCCUGAGGAACAAGUGCUCAAAGUCUGUAGAUACGAGUGAAACAGAAAAUGAACCAAUUACAGAUGAUGAUGACAUCUUUCCACCAUAUGUGUUGAGACCAGAAGAUGGCAGUCCAAGAGUCACAAUAAAUACAGCUAUUGGACAUAUUAAUAGGUACUGUGCUAGACUGCCCAGUGACCCGUUUACCCAUCUGGCUCCUAAGUGUAAAACUAGAGAACUCCCUGACAACACAUUUUUCUCAACGCUUUAUCUGCCUAUCAAUUCUCCCCUUCGAGCAUCAAUUGUUGGUCCUCCAAUGAGUUGUACGAGAUUAGCAGAGAGAGUUGUGGCUCUUAUUUGCUGUGAAAAAUUGCAUAAAAUUGGAGAGCUGGAUGAUCACUUAAUGCCUGUUGGUAAAGAGACAGUGAAGUAUGAGGAGGAACUUGAUUUGCAUGACGAAGAAGAAACCAGUGUUCCAGGAAGACCCGGCUCUACAAAACGAAGGCAAUGCUACCCUAAAGCUAUUCCAGUAUGCUUGAGGAAUAGUUAUCCCAAACCUGAUCAACCUUGUUACCUUUAUGUAAUUGGAAUGGUAUUAACUACCCCUCUACCUGAUGAGCUCAACUUUAGGCGACGAAAGCUAUAUCCUCCUGAGGAUACUACAAGAUGCUUUGGAAUACUGACAGCCAAACCUAUACCUCAGAUUCCUCACUUCCCUGUAUAUACCCGCUCAGGAGAAGUGACCAUAUCUAUUGAGCUAAAGAAAUCAGGCUUCACUCUGUCUCUACAAGUUCUCGAGUUGAUCACAAGACUUCACCAGUACAUUUUCUCACACAUUCUUCGACUUGAGAAACCUGCACUAGAAUUCAGACCUACAGAUGCUGAUUCAGCCUAUUGUGUUCUACCUCUUAAUGUUGUUGAUGGCUCCAGCACUUUGGACAUUGAUUUUACAUUUAUGGAAGAUAUUGAGAAAUCUGAAGCUCGUACAGGCAUUCCCAGUACACAGUAUACAAAAGAAACACCUUUUAUUUUCAAAUUAGAGGAUUACCAGGAUGCAGUUAUCAUUCCAAGGUAUCGGAAUUUUGAUCAGCCUCACCGAUUUUAUGUUGCUGAUGUCUACACAGAUCUUACUCCAUUGAGCAAAUUUCCUUCCCCAGAAUAUGAAACUUUUGCUGAAUAUUAUAAAACCAAGUAUAACCUUGACUUGACCAAUCUCAACCAGCCAUUGCUGGAUGUGGACCACACAUCUUCAAGACUUAAUCUUUUGACUCCUCGUCAUUUGAAUCAGAAGGGGAAAGCUCUUCCAUUAAGCAGUGCUGAGAAGAGGAAGGCUAAGUGGGAAAGUCUACAGAACAAGCAGAUCUUAGUUCCAGAACUCUGUGCUAUACAUCCCAUUCCAGCAUCACUGUGGAGAAAAGCAGUUUGUCUCCCUAGCAUUCUUUAUCGUCUUCACUGCCUUUUGACAGCCGAGGAACUCAGAUCCCAAACCGCUAUUGAUGCUGGUGUAGGAGUGAAGUCACUUCCUGCAGAUUUCAGAUAUCCUAACCUGGACUUUGGGUGGAAAAAAUCUAUUGACAGCAAAUCCUUCAUCUCUGCUCCUAGCUCCUCUCUGGCAGAGAAUGAAACUUACUGUAAGCACAGCACAAUUGUAGUCCCUGAAAAUGCUGCACAUCAAGGUGCUAAUAAAACCUCUUCUGCAGAAAAGCAUGACCAAAUGUCUGUGAACUACAGAUCAUUGAUUGAGUCGCCCAGUAAACUCCAAAAUGAUGUCUCGGCGGAACUGGCAACCAUUAAUGGUGUUUCUUACAAUAAAAACCUUGGCAACGGCAAUUGUGACUUAGCUAACGGAGACUUUUGCCAGGGAAAUCAGCUAAAUUACUGCAGGCAGGAAAUACCUGUACAACCAACUACCUCGUAUCCUAUUCAGAAUUUCUACAACAGUGAGAACCAGCUCAAGCCCAGCAAUGAAUGUACUCUACUGAGUAAUAACUAUCUUGAUGGAAAUGCUAACAAAUCUACCUCAGAUGGAUGCCCGAAAAUGGCAGUGACCACCAGUGCUUCAGAUGUUUCUAAUCUUUCAAAAGAGAGAAUGGAUUGUGUAACAAGCCCUUUCAAUGGGUACUCCUCAAAAACCCUUGGGCCAAACCCUGGUCUCAUUCUUCAGGCUUUGACUCUUUCAAAUGCUAGUGAUGGAUUUAAUCUGGAGCGGCUUGAAAUGCUUGGUGAUUCAUUUUUAAAGCAUGCCAUAACUACAUAUUUGUUUUGCACUUACCCUGAUGCUCAUGAGGGACGCCUAUCCUAUAUGAGAAGCAAAAAAGUCAGCAAUUGUAACUUGUACCGUCUUGGAAAAAAGAAAGGGCUUCCGAGUCGUAUGGUGGUAUCUAUUUUUGAUCCACCUGUCAACUGGCUUCCUCCUGGCUACAUAGUAAACCAAGACAAGAGUAAUGCAGACAAAUGGGAAAAAGAUGAAAUGGCAAAGGAAGGCUUGAUGUCUAAUGGAAAGCAUGACGACGACUAUGAUGAUGAUGAUGACGACGACCUAAUGUGGCGGGUACCCAAGGAGGAAGCUGACUUUGAGGAUGACUUCUUGGAGUAUGACCAGGAGCAUAUCAAAUUUAUUGAUAAUAUGCUGAUAGGUUCUGGAGCAUUUGUGAAGAAAAUCUCUCUCUCCCCCUUCUCACCCACUGAUAACAGCUAUGAAUGGAAAGCACCCAAGAAAUCGUCCUUGACUAAUGUUCAAUUUUCAUCAGAUUUUGAUGACUUUGACUACAGCUCGUGGGAUGCCAUGUGCUAUCUAGACCCCAGCAAGGCUGUCGAAGAAGAUGACUUCGUAGUUGGUUUCUGGAAUCCAUCGGAGGAAAAUUGUGGCAUUGAUGCUGGGAAACAGUCCAUCUCCUAUGACUUGCAUACAGAACAGUGUAUUGCUGACAAAAGCAUUGCAGACUGUGUGGAGGCCCUUCUAGGCUGCUAUCUGACCAGCUGUGGUGAGAGAGCUGCCCAACUUUUCCUUUGUUCACUGGGGCUAAAAGUGCUUCCAGUAAUUAAAAAAACUGAUUGGGACAGCACUCUGUAUUCCCUCAGAGACUGUUUCAACAGCCAACAGAAACAUCCUUCAGCGAACUGUAUUUCUGCCUCUCUAGUCAAUCAAGAAUCUUCUCUAUAUAAAGACUUGGUAUAUGGCUCCUUAAAGAUUCCGCCAAGAUGCAUGUUUGAUCAUCCGGAUGCUGAGAGAACUUUGAAUCAUCUUAUAUCUGGCUUUGAAAAUUUUGAGGAGAAAAUUAACUACAGUUUUAAGAACAAGGCUUACCUACUUCAGGCAUUUACUCAUGCCUCCUAUCAUUAUAACACCAUUACUGAUUGUUACCAGCGAUUGGAAUUCCUGGGAGAUGCAAUUUUGGACUACCUCAUAACCAAGCACCUUUAUGAAGACCCACGGCAGCAUUCUCCAGGAGUCCUAACAGACCUGCGAUCUGCUCUCGUUAACAACACCAUCUUUGCCUCGUUGGCUGUAAAGUAUGACUACCACAAAUACUUCAAAGCUGUCUCUCCCGAGCUGUUUCAUGUUAUUGAUGACUUUGUACAGUUUCAGAUGGAAAAAAAUGAAAUGCAAGGAAUGGAUUCUGAGCUCCGAAGAUCUGAAGAAGAUGAAGAAAAAGAAGAGGAUAUAGAAGUACCAAAGGCCAUGGGGGAUAUAUUUGAGUCUCUUGCUGGUGCCAUUUACAUGGAUAGUGGAAUGUCUCUGGAAAUGGUUUGGCACGUGUAUUAUCCAAUGAUGAGGCCAUUAAUAGAAAAAUUCUCUGCAAAUGUGCCCCGUUCCCCAGUACGAGAACUGCUAGAAAUGGAGCCAGAGACAGCUAAAUUUAGUCCUGCAGAAAGAACCUACGAUGGAAAAGUCAGAGUAACUGUGGAAGUUGUAGGGAAGGGAAAGUUUAAAGGUGUUGGAAGAAGCUAUCGGAUCGCCAAAUCUGCAGCAGCAAGAAGAGCUCUACGGAGCCUCAAAGCAAAUCAACCUCAGGUUCCAAAUAGCUGAGACACCUCUUUAAAAUAAAUAUAUAUAUAGAUGUAAAAGGUGAUGUUGAGAGGAACAAAUUGAAGACAGCAUUUAAAGUUUGAUAACAAAAUAGCUAACAACAUUUAACAUGUAUACAUAAUUUUGGAACUAAUUGUAGUUAUAGUUUUUUUGCGCAAACACAAUCUUGUCUUCUUUCCUCACUUCUGCUUUGUUUAAUCACAAGAGUGCUUUAAUAUGACAUUUAGCAAGUGUUCAAAAUAAUUGUUGUCAGGUAUCUUUUGAUUUACUCUGUCAGUACAGCUUUGCUUAGUGUUAAAGGCCAGGGAGCUUAUGCCUAUCGCAGUUACUAGAUUUAUAUAUCUAUAUAUAUAGUAAUCUUGAAAUUCCUCAAAUCUGUGCACUAGUGCCAGUCACGAAGCAGUUUAUAAACUGUACUGGAUGAUUUGGUGUAAGGAUAAGUGUGCCAGUAUUGUCCUUGUUCUUUCCAUGUCAUCUUUGCAUUAAGAUGGCAUUCCCAAUCAUUAUUGCACUUAUUUGUUAGGGACAGGUUUUUAAUUGAAAUAUCUGGCAUCCUGAUAAAGUUGAAUUGAUGCCACAUAGUCUUGCAUUUGAAAGGUUCUUGCCUUAAAAGUACAUAAACCCUCAUUAAUACAACUUUUUAUUUCUGAUCUCUUUGGAGCAAACUGUUUUACAUUCCCUUCAUUUUUAGAAUGCAUUUUACAAUGAUACAGCUCCAUAUUUACAGUACAACAUGUUCGUUUAGCUGAGACGUAUCUUAUUACAGGACUGUACUAGAAAUGGUAUUCAUAUAUAGGUAGUGUGGUUAUUUUUAACAAUUCAGAGGAAAUGGUUAGUACAAUUUUGGGGUGGGGGGCGGAUACUGCAAACAAGUCUCUCGCUAAUUUCCAAUGUUACAGCCACCGAGAGCUUAAGUGAACACAAUCCAUCCCUUUUGGAGGAACCCCCUUUCAGUUCAAGGAACUUGUUCAGGAGUUGUCACUGGUGGAUUGCAGACAUUGUUUCCACUAUUGGAACUUCUUAGUAAUAGCUAACUGCACAGUGCAAACUGUUGCUUUCAAAAAAAAAGAACCUUUGACAUAUCGCACCUAAAAUAUGCUGCAGAUUUUAUAUUGGAUACAUAUUUAACAAAUGGAGCACCUUUACAAGCAAUUUCCACAUAAAUUUCUUACUGUACUUUUCAGAAUUGCAUGCAUAUUUCACCUACCAAAGCUGUGCUGUUAAAAUGCCAUGGAAGUUGUUGUGUGAGAGAAACUGCCAUACUUUUGAUACAUCUGUGAUUUAGGUCCUUUAACGUAGAGUAAUUAGCUUGUUAUUGUUUCAGUUGUUAUGAAAGCAUACGUUUUUAGGCUAUGCCUAAUUUCUGUAGAUAUUUGUAGGCACCCUUCACUUAAAUACCUCAGUUCUUCUUUGUUCUUUUGUGUCUUUUCCCCCACUUUUGCAUGCAUUGUUUUUCUUUUUUGGUGCUAUGUGUAUGUAUUAUGCUUGAAAUUUUUAAUUUUUGCACUGUAACUAUAAUACCUCUUAAUUUACAUUUUUUAAAAAGCUGUGGGCUGUCUUUUACUCCCACCAAUAUCAAUAGAGGUUUGCUGCAAUUUUGCCCCAUUAAUUAUGCUUGAAAGUUUGAGAGAGCUGAGCAAGAUUUUUUUAAUGUUUUCCAGCACAGUGGUCUGCUCUUGAUGCUGUUUUAUGUGUUAAAUUACAGAUAAAUAAUGUGUUCUUUGCUUUUAAAGAUCCCUUCCCUGCACACAUACUCAUGCAUUCAAAAUUUAGAUGGAAAAAAUCUUGCUUGCUUUUCUAAAAGAGAAGGAACAUACCUUUAUGGCAGGGGGUGCUGUACUUCUCUUAAAUACAGAAUUUAGUUCUGAGUAUUGCAUUUCUUGCUUUGAUUCUUCUAAUAAUGGUAACAGUGAAAUGAAAUAUUUGUGUGUGAUGUCAGUCACAAUGAGAGAGUAGAAUAUUGUGAAAGACCUAAAGGAUGUGAUCCAACAAAACUGUUUGAGUGUCCAUGGGAGAAUGGCACAUAGAAUUUGAUGUUUCCUUGCUUCUGCUGCCGCCAACUCUCACUGAUGAAGAGGCAAGCCACGUUUUAGCUUUAAAAAUGGCUGUUCUCUUCCGCUGUGGGAGCAGCAGUUGUGAAACUUCAGAGAAACUGCUUGCAACAUGAAUAGUGCCCCAUCCCACAUAGAUCUAUAGCUUUGGAUUGUGAACAUCUAUCACAACACUUUAUGUGAAGUUGCAGUCUUCAAACCACUGACUCUUGAAGUGUUUUUCAAGCUUGAUUUCAGUGGGACUUGUCAGUGGGAAAAGUGGAUUGAGGAUUGUUGUCCAUGUUGUCUUCAAUAGAGUUAUAUAGGUAUCUUACGAAUGAACACACUAUUAAAUACAGAAUUGUAGUCUGAAGUGUAGUUUUGCAAUUCUGUUAGUUUUCUGCUGACACACAUGUCAGUUCUAAAAACUCACAUUAAUACAGUUCAAAGGGGCAUGUAUUAUUCUAAUCAAAUGUGUAAGAUUUUAUUUUUUGUGAAAUGCCAUAAGUAAAAUCUAAACCACUCUUGUGAGAUUGAAAGAUCAUCAGUGCACGCUUCACAGGAAUAUUUCAUAGUAGGAUAUGUGCAGAGGUUGGAGUGUAGCCUGAUAGCAGUUAGAAGCUGUUGAUGAUUACACUCCAUAUCAAAAGUAUUCAAUAUCCUUCAUUUUGUUGCAUCAAGUUGAUGAACUGAAAAUAUUGAGUAGGGGCCAAUUGUAAAUAUAGGUCCUGCUGCUAAUUGUGUGUGUGUGUGUGUGUGUGUGUGUGUGUGUGUGUGUGAGAGAGAGAGAGAGAGAGAGAGAGAGAUGCGAUGCCACAACUUUUUUUUGCUGUAUGAUUUCAUUCAGAUAUUUCAUAACGCUGUUAGAAUACAAAAAUUACACUAGUUCCCAUGCUGUGCAACUGCUUUAAUCUUUUUAAUGCAAUUGCGCGUAUUGGAAAAUGUAUGCUACUAGACCUAAAUCUGAUCAUUUGAAGGUUGGGGUUGAACUCAUUUGACAUGCUAUAUGUAUUAGAGGAAAUGAACUGUUGCAAGCCUGUCUUCAAAAUCACCACGCAGACUCCUCAUGCAGAAAGUGAAGGGGUUAAUUGGCAUGAAUCUAGUUCUGGAAAUUUUGUUCUAUUAUACUGUACUUCUUAAACAGUCCUCCUAACUAUGCUGCAUUUUUAUUUUAUUUUAUGGCUUUGUGUUGUGCUGUUCUGUUCAUGUAGCACAAAUAAGCAUUGCACUUGGUACCAUGCUUUACCUCAUUUCAAGGAGAAAUAUGCUUAAUAGAGGAAAAAUGUGGUUGGGGCCUUGCUGCUGAUAUAACUUACUGAAUUUGAAAGAAAGAUCUUUGGAAUGCCUGCAUUGUGUCAUUUAACUUGCACAACUGAAAUAGGCCAUUCUGUUAUGUUUGAGGCAUUUUCCUAUAUGUUUUUUUUUUUAAAGGAGUCAAAACAUUUGGGUGGGAUCCAGAGAGCCCCUUGUGGAUGGCAGUUCCACUUGCACAAGGGUGCUGUUUCCAGUUUCCAUUGAUCUCCCCAGUUUAAGUCCCCUGUGCCAUUCCAGAGGGUCGUCCAACGCACAAGAGUUGGAAUGAAAAUUACCCCAUGGCACAAGCAGAAUUACGUUCAUGGUUCUCUGCAUCCCACCCACUUUUUAUCAUGCUAUAUAUUACUGUUUUGUCAAACUGUUAGAAUGUAGAAGAAUCUUUGUUCCUCCCCCCACCGCCCGCAUCCCUGCCCCCCGUCCUAUUGUAACAUCCAUCAAAAAGCACACAUGAUGGUCAAUUUUAAAUUUCUGUGUUUUAGUUGUGAAGGGAUUUGUGGAUUGUAUCUGCUGAGAACCUAAUCUGAUACAAGCUUCUCUCAGUUUGUCUAUAGGCUCUGUUCAACUCUUGAGUUGUCCCAUAAAGUAUAGGACCACAUAUGCAGGUGGCAUAAAUAGCCCCAAAGUCAUGGCCUUUUCAAGCUUGAAGAUAGUAAACUGACCAUAUUUGAGCCAUAUGCUAUUCUCCUACAUCCCUCAAUGAAUGUAAUGGAACCAGUUGUGUGUGACUAAUGAAAACAGGAUUGGAUCCUAGGACAGCUUUUACGUUAAUGAUGGCAAAUACUUUCAUUUUCAAUAAGUGAAGGUGUGCCGAUAUCAUAAAUCUGUGUCUUUAAAACCUUAACUCUUACAUAUAAAGUGUAACUGAAACCCAACUAUUUUCACCAGCAGAAGUUGGAUAAUAGAUAUACAUAGGAUUAGUGUAGAAUGCAAACCUCUCUCAUGAUAACUCAAAAUUUAAUAUAUCAAUUUUGUCUCCCAAGUCCUUUUGUAGGUUUUACACUCUUCUUUGCAAUUCAUUUGGAUAACAACCACAGGCAGUUUAAAUAGAUAUGGUAGAUGCACUCAGUUUACUACAGCAGCAAGUUAUCUAAAGAAACACAGAAGUUGAACAAGCAUUGAAAAUUGCAGGCUUUUUUAUUGUAAAUAGUUUGACUAUAAAGAUGGUUAAAAUCAAGUAGAAUGAAUAACAUAAUUUGAUGGACAAUAAAAUAUUUCCCAUCACAUGCUGCAGCUGUCUAAGGGACAUAAAAUGUAAUUCAUUCAUACUGUAAUCAUGCUGCAGAAAUUUGCAGUCUGCACCUUAUGGAUCACAAUUACCUUUAAUAGAUUUUUGUAAUAAUUGUAGCUGAAUAUAUCCAAUAAAGUUAUGGUCUGUUCA